UGCGUGCGGAGGGCGCUGGCGGGCGCCGGGGCUGAGGUGCUGGCUGUGCUUGCAGGGCAGAGCGACAUCAAGAAGCUGCGCCGAGAGAACGAGCAGCUGCGCCGGGAGAUCUGGGGGCUGCGCGAGGAGUACGACCGCCUCGAGGGGCUGCUGGGGCUACUGCACGGCGCCGCCGGCUCCCUCCACGGCAGCCCGGAAUUUGGAAGAAAGGAAUAUGACGACACAGAAGACCUGGGAAGCAGAAGAAAUAUGGUCGAGAACGAACAAAAUUUGCAAAAUAUUACCUGCAUUAAGUUUCAAAGGAGUAAAAGUUGCUCAAAAGUGGAAUUCGACAGCCUUAGUAUGGUCGAUGAAGAAAUCGAUUCUAAUGCAGAUGAAGACGAUUCAAGUGUACGUGCCAAAACUGAACUCUCUUCAAAAGAAGGACGCGUCAAAAAUAAUUUAGAAAGUAUUUUUCCAGAAGUAGAAUAUGGAAAUGCUUCAAACGAUGCAGAAUUAGGAAAUGCCACAAGUGAUUUGGGAUCUCGCAGAAACGAAAAGUCGUGUCCCCCAUCUUACGAGAUUCCAACAAUGUUAGAAGUUCAUCACAACAAUGUUUGGAGUCAUUCCUUAUAUACAAUGAAUGCAACAACAAAUUCAUAUCAUGCUCUCCACAGAACACAACCAAACGAGGUUUUUUCAGAGUUCGAUCGCGUAAAAAAUAGACAAUUCUUAGUGACUGACUCACAACCUCGCAAAGAAAAAUUGGACAAUGAUCUCACAUUUGAAAAUCCUUCGAUGGAAAAUACGAAGAAUUUAACCUCAGUGUCUCAUAAUUCAAAUUUCAUUCAAGUAUCAUAUCGAAAUAAAGAAAGUAUCCGUUUGUCUAAACAGGGAAGUGCUAUUCAAACAAAUGGCUUCCAUUCACAAACAAAUCCUUCAGUCUCCAGUGAUGAAGAUUCGUUUGCUGGUCGAGGAAAAUCAUUAUUUCCUGAAGGUGGAAAUUUGGACGAACUCCUCAGUGACGUCCAAGAAAAUACAGGUCAACAAAGCUCCGUUGGCAGUCUACAUUAUACGCAACGUACCCAAAAUAGGGAAUUUUGGAAUUCAAAUUCUGAUUGCACGUUGCUCUCACGGAAUCACUCA